GGUAUAAACGUUCGGUUUCCGUUUCCGGUUAAAUCUGGACGUGAAUUUUUCGUACUUUUGUUUAUAUUCUUAUUUUCAAGAGUUAUUCUUGCAUAAUUGUUUAAUUGCCAACAUCCUGGUGAUUGCCUUGUUAACACAAUAUGGGUUCAUCAAAAAAACACAAAGACAAAGAUCGUGAACAUAAAAAGAAGCGAAAACAUCGGUCAAGAUCCAGGGAAAGGUCUCGUUCAAGGGAAAAAGAGGGAAGAGAGGGUAAAAGGCGCCACAGAGAGCGAGAUGGUGACAGGUACUAUGAUCCAUAUCCAGAGGGAGUCGAUAGAGAAGAAGGGGAAAUCGAUGAUCCUUACAACAAUCCUGCCCUGAAGCCAGAACCUGGAUCAUCAUCUGGUGGUGGUGGUGGUGGUGGUGGAGGUGGAGAUAUCAGUCUGUCUAUCGAAGAAACAAAUAAGCUGAGGGCAAAACUUGGUCUGAAGCCAUUGGAGGUGUCAGCAGGAGCUCCAGAGUUGGAGAAAGAAUCUUUAAAAGAUGAUAUACACAAGCCAGCUGAAAGCUGGACACAGGCAAAAAAGACAGAGAAAAUCAAGGAAAAAUUAGAGAGGUCAAAACAGAGAAGAGAAAUAAGCAACAAAUUAGGUAAGAUAAAAACAUUAGGAGAGAGUGACUCAGACGAGGAUGCUGCCACAUGGGUGAGGAAAAACAGGAUGAAACAGAGAGAAAAAGACAGGGCAGAGAAAACAGCACGUAUGUUGGAAGAAAUGGAUGAAGAAUUUGGUAUUGGUAAUCUGGUAGAGGAAGAAUUUAAAAAGGAUACAACCAAAAAUUACUCGUCCAGAGAUUUAAAAGGGUUGAAAGUUCAGCAUGAUGUGGGCAGUUUCAAAGAAGGCCAGACUGUGAUAUUAACAUUACAAGAUAGAGGUGUUUUGGAUGAUGAGGAGGAAGCAGAAACGUUGGUGAAUGUUAACAUGGUAGAUGAGGAGAAAGCUAACAAGUUUGUAGAACUGAUGAAGAAGAAACCAGACUAUAAUCCAUAUGAUGAGGCUGAGGAAGAUGAAUACGGCGUGUUUAAACCCAAAGAGGUUUUAUCAAAAUAUGAUGAAGAGAUUGGAGGAGAAAGGAAGAAAGAUUUCCAGCUCGGAGCGAGAGGUACAUACAGUUCAGAACAGGACAAACAGAUGGAGAGAAUCAAGGCAGAACUCAGGGCACAGUCUCAAACAUUAUCUUCACAGUUGACAGUAGCAUCAGAGUAUAUGACAGCAGAGGAAGCACAAGCCAAGUUUAAGAAAGUGAAGAAAAAGGUGCGUAAAAUAAGGAAAAAGAAAAUGUUAAAGGCAGACGAUCUUCUUCCAUUGCCAGAUGAAAGUACAGUCCAGGAUUAUGGAUCAAGACCUACAUUAGAGGACCUAAGCGAUGAUAUUACCAUGGAUUCUGAUGAGGAGGAUGAUGUUGAGGUGGAGGAUUUGACUGGGGUGAGGAUAGACGAGGAUGAGGCCAACAUGGAAUUACAGUCAGCGCUUGAUAAAGCCAGAAAAUUGAAACAGAAAAAGGAGAAAAUAAAUCCUGACAAGAUAGCAGAGAGAGUCAAAGUUGCAGAGGACACUGAUAUGGAGGUAAAACAAAAAGGUGUAUCGAUAACAAUGAACUCUACCUCAGAGUUCUGUCGAGCUCUUGGUGAUAUACCAACAUACGGACAGUCAGGCAAUAGGAAUGAAAUUGAAAAGGAUGAGCUCAUGGAGUUGGAGAAGGAGUUGUUGGAGGAGAGACGGAGGAUGGAAGAGGAGGAGGAGGAUGAACAGUCUGGAUGGAAUAGGGUGGAGAUAGAUGAAACACCAGUUAAUAUUCAGGGAGAAGAAGGGGCUAUUUUAGAGGAUGAGCCAGUGCUGAACAAAGGUAUAGGGCAGGCUCUCAAUGUUGCUGUAAAUAAAGGCUUCCUGCAGAAGGAGAAGUUAAAGUCACAGAAGAUGAGCAAAGUAAUGUUGGAAAUGACAGCACAGAAUUAUUCCAUAGAGGAUAAAAGAUAUGAUGAUCUGGAUGAGAAGUAUAAAAAACGUGACAGAUAUCAAGGAAUGUUAAUGGACUUUAAAGAGAAAGACAGUUAUAAGCCUGAGGUGAAAUUAGAGUACGUUGAUGAAUCAGGGCGUCAUUUGAAUCGGAAAGAGGCGUUCAGACAGCUCUCUCAUAGAUUUCAUGGAAAAGGAUCUGGCAAGAAGAAAACUGAGAAACGAGGAAAGAAGAUGGACGAGGAGCAUUUAAUGAUGAAGAUGAGUGCGACUGACACACCCUUAAAUACUGUAGCUUUGUUAAAGGAGAAACAACAGCAAGAGAAAACACCAUAUAUACUUCUCACUGGAAAUAAAGGAUUUACACAGACAAUGGUGAAACCUACAACUUGAUACAGCUGUGGAAUAUGGAAUAUGAACUUAUUGAUGCAGUAUUAUAUAGUGCUGUUCAGAAAUACUGUUCCAGUAUGAAGGAUGCUUAUUUUACAUCGUGUUAAAAGCAACAAGAUGUUCCGAGUUUCAUUCCAAAGACUGUAACAGUUUAAUAUACCAGUAGUUCUGAAUGAUUUUGAUGCAUAAGCACACAGGCUGCAUACAAAAUUUAGAUUAUAAAUUGCCAGUGAAAUAAUUUGUUUGCCCUAUCUGUCAACAGGAAAACUUAGAAAAAUAUUAGAUGCAAUAUAUAUAUUUUAGCUUGUCUGAUUUUUGAAAAAAAUCUACAAGGUAUUGUCAGCGUUGGUGUUGGUUAAAAUUUUUGUUUAGGUCCACCUUUUCUCCAAAACUAUAAAAGCUACAGCUUUGAAUCUUUGCACACUUAUUUAUUAUCAUUAGUUGACUUUGUAGGCCAAGAACCAUAACUCUGAUUUGCAUUUUAUCAGAAUUUUGGCCCUUUUUGUACUUUGGUUACUUGGUUAAAAUUUAAAUUUGAGUUUCUUGGUUAAAAUUUUUGUGUUUUUUUUCUCAGAAAAAAAUAAGAGCUACUGCUUUGAACCUUUGCUUACUUGUUUAUCAUCAUUAGGUGACUAUGUAGUUCAAGAACCAUAACUCUGAUACGCAUUUUGUCAGAAUUAUGGCCCUUUUGUACUUAGAAAUUCUGAACUGUAACUCUUUCCUUACAUACUGUCCAGCACUUGCAGACAAGCGAUGGCACCGGUAGGCGCUGCUCUUGUUUGAUUUAUGUUGUCAGUGAAUUUUAGAAAAUGAGAACAGUUGCAAAGUUUAUACUUACCUUGUUCAAAAAUUGGGACUUUGUAUUGUUAGCAGUCAGAAUGCAGACUGUUAUUGUGAAAAUGUUAAUUGUAAUACAUUUGUAGAAUAUGGCCUUUUAUCUUGUGAACAUUAAUAAUAAAGUCCAAUAAAAUGCAUCCAAAAUAUA